AUACAAUACUAUUUCAAUUUUCAGCUGGAAGUAGAAACAAAGAUUAAAAAUAUGUGAUGCUUAUUACAGAAAUCUGGAGUAGUUCUGAAAAGCACAAUGAAGAAAAUAUUGAAAUUUUCACUUUUGAACAAUGACAAUGAAACUAUGACUGCAUGAUGGUAACUGAUAUUCCCGGCAGGUUUCCUCAGUUUUCAUUUCUAGAAAAUGUUAUAAUACUUCAUAUCCAUAAGAAUUAGUGCUAGAAGUUUAUAAAGAGCGUGACUGUCAUCAGAUAUGCAAGUUAUAUGUGGUUAAAUGUGUAGGAAAGAGAGAAUACAUGGUGAAGUAGCCUAGCGCUGCCCACACCAUGAAGGAUAUAUUACUCACAUAUACCCUAACCAUCUUAGAAAAUAUAAAUAUGUUAAAACCUCUUUGAAAGUAACUGCAUUGAAGCUUCUAUUGAAAAUGGAAGAGGAAUACUUCUGAGACUAAAGCAGAAGAAAAGGAAAUAUGAAUUAUAAAUCAACCUGAGUUUCUGUGUGAUAUAGAAAACAAGACGAUGGUGAGCAAGGAAAGUGUACCGGACGUGACCAACUUCUCCUGCUGGUCUGCCAUGUUCCAGCACCCUACAACGCCCUCACCAGCAGACAUUAUCAAGGCUGUCUGCUCCUCGCUGCUCGGAGUCCUAGUCAUCGUUGUCAACACAGUCUUCAUCAUCGCUGUGAACGGCAGGACCCACGCUAAGCACUUGUCCUUCCAGCCACGGUGGUUGCUGACGUCGCUGGGGCUGUGUGACCUGAUGAAGGGCGUGGUGGUGGUGCCAGGAAGCGUGUACCCGACCCUCUACCACUGCUGGCCCUACCCGCCCCUGCUGUGUGCCGGCCAGGCCCUCCUCCUGCCUCUCCUGCACCACCAGGCGGCUCUCACCCUCUCCCUCCUCGCUCUGGACCGCUACUGCUGCCUGCUCUACCCAGCCAAGUACAACACUCACGUCUCCAGGCCGAUAUGUGUGGUGGCGAUGGUGGGGUCGUGGUUGGCGUGUGCUGGCCUCCACGCUGCCGUCUACCUCCCAACUCCACACUUCUACUUCAACCACGUCUCCAGCCACACCUGUGAGCCCUACCACACCCUCAAUGCCAAGACCAUUCUGCUGGCCUGCGUCGUCUACUUCCCUACCACCAUGGUGACGAUGUACUGCUACGGCACUGUCUUUCACAUGGCCCGGGCCACCUCCCUCCAGCGCCUCGUCUGCGCCACCGUCAGUACCCCGGAGAUCCUCGGUGGAGCCCUGGUGGAGAAGGCCAUGUUGGAGGAGCGUGAGGAGCGACUGAGGAACUGCAGAGUGAUGGCGGUGGUGUCACUAUCCUUCAUCAUCACUAUCACACCCUGGACCCUCCGGCAGAUCAUCGCCGCCUGCACUAACUCCAGGAUCCCUGGCAUCUUAGACUACGGGGUGUGGGUGGUGAGUGUCGGCGGAGGAGUGGUAGUGAUCUUCAUCUUAUGGUUGCUCUCGGCGUCAUUCCGCCGGGCCACGGAGGAGACACUUCACAACCGGGUGUGUUGCGGGAACGUGUACUACGAGGAGAGCGAGGAGGUGUGCCUGGGGCAGGUGUCGCAGCACGGUGGGGCUCCACACCUGCCUUACCCCCACCACAACACCGUCACUCACGCCGGCAACUGUCCCGCUGCUACACCGAGGUCCGCGCCGCACAGCUGUAACGCAACGCCCCGACACCUACCCAACGGGAGACUACCUGUAGCAGCCCUCAACAGUGCGUCGUGCGACCUGGAAGCUGUCGGAGAGAAGUAUUGGGGAGAGAUAUUAGAGCGGACAGUGUCAUCUUCGUCACUACAGAAUCUACAAAGAAUCUAUCGUAAUGGGUCAAGUGCGUACCCUGACCUGCGGCUGCUUCCGGCGCCCUGUGCCCCGGCCUGUGCCCCGCCCUGUGCCCCGGCCUGCGUCCCGCCCUGUGCCCCGGCCUGCGUCCCGCCCUGCGUCCCGCCCUGCGUCCCGCCCUGCUUUCCUCCCGACGCUCCACACACCCACAACUCUCGCUGGCAACCCUGAACCCCUUUUGGGUUUUAUUACUACAAAUUGUAAUUAAGAUUGUAAACAAAUACAUUUCUGCCAAUAUGAAUGGUUGAAUACAUUUUAAAUAAUAAUAUUAACAACAUGUUAAAAGGAAAUUUAGGAACUUUUGAAUCUUUUAAUUACAGAGUACAGAGUAUUAAUAUAUGCUUUUGUGAUGGGUAGAAGGGAGAAACGAUCUUCCAGGGGCCAGAUUCACGAAGCAGCUACGCAAGCACUUACGGACGUGUACAUCUUUCCUCAA